AUGCAUCAAAGCAUCAUACAUAAUUUAUCAGCACCAGUAGAUAUUUAUAGUGACUGGAUUGACGCAUGUGAUGCAGUUGCAAAUCACACAAAUAAAAAUUUAAAAAAGGAUUUAGCUUCUAAUGAUAAUGACUAUAACAGUGAAAAUUUAUAA